AUGGCUGUGAAUUACUUUCGGAGGUCACUGCAUGUGUCUCGUACGGUGCUGAGGUCUGUCAGAAAUGGUGGGAGAAGACCCAGGCUGCCAAAUGAAGAACUGGUUAUACCGGCAGUGCCGGUGGAACAAGAAAGUGCUGAGCUAAGUCCUGAGGACAUCGAAAGGAUUAAUUUACAGUUUUUGUCGCGAACUAAGGAUCUAGAACCUGGAAUGGAAGUUAAACAGUUACCUCAGAUAGGGCGUGAGUUUCGUGAUAGAUUCGAUGCGCGGUACUAUGAGCCCUCUAAAAUAUGGUUCGAAAAGAACUGGCUUAAUAGAACCAAAUUUAGUAGGAAAAUGCUUAAUGCAGUACCUAGGAAGGAGGAUACAAAGGAAGUGUUUCAAUACAAAGCCAGUGCGUUAAUGGCUAAGCCGUUAGAUGUUGGAGACUUAGUCUUACUCAAGUCGCAUCCUUCAGAGCUAAGUAUGUGCAUAGACGUUCCCUCUAGCACAAAGGAUCCGCGUUACUGUUUCACAACGGUGGAUGGUUCUUUGAAGUUUGGUUCCAGAAGUCUCGUUUUAAUGCGCAUUCCGCACUCUCUGCCCCAAGAGCUGUCUAAAAUGGCGGCUCUGCUAGUGAGGGAGGCGAAACAUGGAUUCGAACCUAUUGGAACUAUCAAGAAUCAAGCAAAUGAGACUCUCGUGCUACCUGUGAUAGCCCGACAACUUGUGACAAGCUGCGUUACGCAGCGUAUUUCAAAAAGUGCUUGGGACCAACUACCAGUAACAAUAAAAAAGCUAGAGCUUUUACACAGAAGACUUCAAGACUCUACUGGGCCCGUGCCAGUACCGUUUUUUGACCUUGUGAUGAUGAUACAGUCACUGGAUAUUACGAAGGCGAUCUCCAAUAGGGAUGGCGAGCCAUACAUACGAGAUGUGAUAGAGAACUCUAGGACCGGCUCCACAUCUACGAUCGACUCCUCGUGUGCAUUGGCGACUUACUGGGCCAUAGAGGCACAGCAAAAAAACCACCUAUUCGGAGAUAUACAAAUUAGCGGAGCGCUUCUUUCACCUGUAUCGGUGUUGAUCUUGCCAUUUGCGUCUCAGCAUCUUUUCUACUCCGAACUAAAGGAACAAUUAAAGUCAAAUGGUCAGGAGGCGAUCCAGGAAUUUAGCAAACUGGCCAACAAAGGGAAAUACACCGAGUUAACUACAAGGUUCCCUCAUAUCAUUCAAGUUCUAAAAGGUUAUGCUGCGGGGAAUUUGCACAAUGAUGAGGGAAUUGUGUCUUUAAUAGCGGCUAUCUUUAGGAAAAUUGACGAGUUUAAAGACAACGACAUCACUAGAGAUGCGUGUGAAAAACUGCUGUCCAGAACAUUGCCCCAAGGUACAGUUGAAAAUCCGAUAUAUGCCAAUUUCACCCUGGGUUUACCAGACAGCUCAGCCAGAAGUCGAACACAGCAACAAGUCUACGACCUUUCUAAACCAGCUUCUGCCCAAUCUACUGAAAACAGACAUGACUUUAAGCACCUGCGCGUUUACUGUAUCGACUCCGAGGAGGCUCACGAGAUUGAUGAUGGUAUAUCGAUCGAAGACUGUGGCAACGGGAAAUAUACGCUGCAUAUACACAUUGCAGACCCUGCUUCGCUUUUCCCAGAGAGUGAAUCAAGCGAGCAAAGUGGCAUCAAUGAUGAAGUACUCAAGGUAGCAGCCGAGAGGUGUUUCACUACCUAUUUGCCUGAUGUAGUGAGUCCGAUGUUACCUCAGACUUUUACUACAGUAUGUGACCUUGGCCACCAAGGUAAAAAAACAAAGACUAUCACUUUCUCCGUCGAUGUUCUGGUCAAAGAUGGAGCUAUUAAGAUAUUCUUCGACAGUUAUAAGAUAAGGUUAGGCCUGGUAUCCAAUUUCCCCAAGGUAACCUAUGAAACAGUAGACAGAUACUUGAGCGAGCCGAAAAACGUUAAUGAAGAAAUUCUUUAUGACCUAAAGCUGAUGCACAAGAUUGCAGAAAUUUUGAGAGAGGCCAGAAUUCAAAAGGAUGGUGCCAUUGUAUUUGGAAGUGGGUUCAAUCAGGGACUCGUCGCAGUGUCUCCAGUUGAUCAAGAAAUCUCCUUCUUCGAUCAGAAAGAAUCAAAAUCAACACUGCUCGUCUCAGAGUUUAUGAUUCUAGCGAACAGUUUAGCUGGGCGUUUUUUUGCAGAGAAGGAGAUUCCUGGUAUAUUCAGAACGUAUCAACCACUAACCUUACGAGGCCAAGCCGACCAGGAGUACGAAAGAAUGAAGAAGAGCGUCAAGAAAGGCAUACUACCUACCACCAAAGAUAUAAAUAUGUUGUCUUCACUGCUUAACUCCAGUUUCUACUGCGAAUAUCCCACUGCCCAUGCCAUGAUCGGUGCUUCGCAAUACCUGACUGUUACUUCUCCAUUGCGUAGGUUCCCAGACAUCAUCAAUCAUCUACAAAUCCACAGGGUACUAAGAAACUUACCAUUGUGCUUCACGGAAGAUGCACUCAGUAAGAUGCUAUGGCAUAUACAACUCAGAGACGCAGCUUUGAAAAAGGCUUCUGCCCACCAAGCAUCCUACUGGACGUUGAAAUAUAUCAAAAAUCUCAUCAGAGAUACUCCUCAUCAACGCUUCGACGUUACAAUCACCUCAGUGCCCCAGCUAAACGUCGCCAGAUGCGUUCUUGCCAACUUUCCAUCUGCUCGCGGAGUCCUCAAAUUGAAGCCAAGUGCUACUAAUAUUCCAACAGUCGGUGAUACCGUGAAAGGAUGCAAAGUGAGCAAGAUUGACUGUCUCGACAGCUUGUUGGAAUUGGAGCUUUGA